GUGAUGUCAUCACAGCGCGACGACAGGAAGUAAGCUCCGGGGCUGCUGAGCCGAGCGGGGUUCAGCGCUCCCGCGUCUGACAGCGCCGCGGUCUACUCUCCGCCUCUCGCGGAGAUGGACAAUGCCUGCGAGUCGCCCACGGACAAAGGUGGAGAGACAGGGGAGUCAAAUGAGACACCCGCCGCUCCCUUGGGUCCCGGGAACGCCAACACGGACGGAAUACCCGAGGAAGCUGACGGGGACGGAGAUGGGGAAUUGAAAGAAACCCCGGUGGAAGAAGGCGAGCUCAAGAGUCAGGACAUCUCAGAUUUAACAGCAGUUGAAAGGGAAGACUCGUUACUUACUCCUGCAGCCAAAAAACUGAAAAUAGAUACCAAAGAAAAGAAAGAGAAGAAGCAGAAAGUAGAUGAAGAUGAGAUUCAGAAGAUGCAAAUCCUGGUUUCUUCUUUUUCUGAGGAGCAGCUGAACCGUUAUGAAAUGUAUCGUCGGUCAGCUUUCCCCAAGGCAGCCAUUAAAAGGCUGAUCCAGUCCAUCACUGGCACCUCCGUAUCUCAGAAUGUUGUUAUUGCUAUGUCUGGUAUUUCCAAGGUCUUCGUUGGGGAGGUGGUAGAAGAAGCACUGGACGUGUGUGAGAAAUGGGGAGAAAUGCCACCACUACAACCCAAGCAUAUGAGGGAGGCUGUUCGGAGGUUAAAGUCGAAGGGGCAAAUCCCCAACUCGAAGCACAAAAAAAUCAUCUUCUUCUAAGCCAAAGCCUAGAAAGGCUUGUUACUGAAAGAAGAGGUACUGGCUCUAGCCUUCCUAUCGUAUGAGACUUUCCGUACUGGUGCUUCAGUAUCUCAGUCCACCAAAGAUUUGAUGAUGAUUUUAAUGUCUUCCUUAAAACUGAUAUGUGUCACACCUAGAAGGUGGCACGCAGCCUUGUUUCAUACUUGCCUUGACUAAAUAUUGGGACCUCUGGGCAUUUUGAGACAUUUAACUGUUUCUUGGCUAGUUGAAAGAAGCUGCAUGAGUCUUGAGCAUUCUCUGGACAGGGGACUGCUUUCGGAGAGAAAACCCUUCCUAGAGGGCUUUUUGAUGGUUUCACAUUGAAGCCUGGAAUUGCUAUGGCCUAAGUUGUUUCUUAAAUUUGGUUUUAAAUAGAUGAAACCGCCAGAAGCUUUUGAUUUGUCCUACCCUAUCAUGAAGGAUGCACUGAUAACAUUAGUGGAAUAGUUUGUCCUUGUAAACAUUUAAGAUUCUCCUGUGGAUUUUGGUGAGUGAUCAUUAAACUGUUUCCCAACUUGA